AUGGAAACAGCAAACCCCAAAAUUUUAACCCCACCACCUGUAACUAAUCUUACUGGAGCGCAUGAAUCUGGAGAAACAUCUGGAAGCGGCGAUUGUCAGAGUUACGGCGAAUGCGAUGAGCAGCAGCCUCAAUGCAGUGGACAGCAAAACAACGAACAAGAGGAGAAAAGCACAGCGGAGGGUAGUGCCGCUGAUGUUCUGGAUGUGAGAGCUGCAGCGCAGGCUAAAAAGAAACCUGGUUUACGCCUUUCUGUUCAGUUGUUGUUCAAAUUCAUUCUUAAUGUAGCUUUUAAAAGGUAA